CUCAAUUAAACACUUAAACAAUGUCAUCUACCUCUUCUUUAUAUCCUUCACUACCAUUGGAGCCGCCAGUGAAACCAAUUCCAGGUGACUAUGGCCAUCCCCUAUUCGGUCCAAUUCACGAUCGUUUAGCAUACUUUUACUAUGAAGGCAGGGACAAGUUCUUUGAGAACCGGAUCCAAAAAUACCAAUCCACAAUCUUCAGAACUAAUAUGCCUCCUGGCCCGUUUAUUUCCUCUUGCCCUCGAGUUGUUUGUCUUCUCGACGCUAUCUCCUUCCCCAUCCUUUUCGACACUUCGAAAGUCGAAAAACGCGAUGUUCUCGAUGGUACUUUCUUGCCUCCCUUGGCCUACACCGGCGGCCAUCGUGUCUGUGCCUACCUCGACCCAUCCGAGCCAAAACACAAUGCUCUAAAAUCCUUCAUUUCUUCUACCCUCACAGCCCGUCAUCAUAAGUUCAUACCACUCUUUGAAACUUGCUUAUCGGAGCUUUUCAACGAGCUCGAAGCUAAAAUUUCUGCCAAAAAAGAAGCUUAUUUUAACACCCUGAGCGAUGCCAUGUCUUUCGACUACGUUUUUCGGUUGUUCUGCGACAAAAACCCUAGUGAAACGAAGAUAGGUUCUAAAGGACCACAACAUUUCGACAAAUGGUUAUUGUUUCAGCUUGCACCGAUUGGAUCACUAGGGUUGUUACCAAAUUUUCUAUGUUGGUUCGAAGACAUGUUGCGUACAUUUACUUUCCCAUUUUUCCUCGUUAAAUCUGAUUAUAAAAAGGUAUACGAUGCGUUUUAUGAGUUCGGAAGCUCGGUCUUGGACGAAGCUGAAAAUAAGUUCGGGAUCGAAAGAGACGAAGCUUGCCACAACCUGGUUUUCGUUGCUGGUUUUAAUGCUUACGGUGGCAUGAAAGUCCUCUUCCCGGGGCUGAUCAAGUGGGUUGCAUUGGCGGGACCGAAGUUACACAAGCAAUUAGCCGAUGAAAUCAGGGCCGUCGUCAAAGCCGGACGCGGUGGGGUCACGUUAUCUACCUUGAACAAGAUGGUUUUGACCAAAUCUGUGGUCUAUGAAUACCUAAGGAUCGAUCCUCCGGUUCCAUUCCAAUACGGCAAAGCUAAGGCUGAUUUGGUGGUUCGAAGCCACGAUGCAACCUUUGAGAUCAAGAAAGGCGAGAUGUUAUUCGGGUAUCAGCCGUUUGCCACUAAAGAUCCCAAGGUUUUCCAGAACCCCGAGGAGUUUGUGGCGGAUAGAUUCGUUGGGGAAGAAGGAGAGAAGCUUUUGAAGUAUGUGUACUGGUCGAAUGGGCGUCAGACGAAGGAGUCUACGGCGGAGAACAAGCAAUGCGCUGGGAAAGAUCUGGUGGUGCUCUUGUGUAGGUUAAUGUUGGUGGAGCUUUUCCUUCGUUAUGAUACGUUCGAGGUCGAGGUCGGAACGUUUGUGUUCGCUCCGACGGUGACGUUCAAGUCAUUGAUUAAAGCCUCAUCAAGUACUUGACUGGCCAUGCAAAAUGGUACUAAAAUUCGACAUAUGAUUAUCUUCUUCUGUUAAUUUCUGAAUUCUGCAGUGUUUA